UAAAAAGAGCUUAAGCUCUACAAAUUUAAAUUGUAAAGUCUCCGCUAUAUCUAAGCUCAUAUAUAUCCAUAUGCUCGGCUACAAUGUAUCAUUUGCGGAAUUUCAUAUUCUUGAAGCAAUGAGUUCUACAAAGUUUGUCCAGAAGCGGGUAGGUUACUUAGCGGCGAUCCAAAUUUUUGGCAGUGAAACCGAAGCGCUUCUUAUGGCGUCUAACUUAUUAAAAAAAGAUUUAUCUAGUCUAAAAUCUUUUGAUGUUGAGCUCGCCUUAACGGGUGUUUCCAACUUUGUUACUUUAAAUCUCGGAAAAGUACUACUGGAUGAUUUACUAGCCCUUCUUUCUUCUUCAAAAGCAAGUGUCCGUAAAAAGUCCGUUAUUGCGCUUUACAAAGUCUGCCUACAACAUCCAGAUGCUCUCCCGUUAGUUUUACCUCGAUUAAGAGAAAAAUGUAAAGAUCCCGAUCCAACCGUUCAGAGCUCUGUUAUUAGCAUUUUUUGUGAACUUUCACAAAAGAACCCAAAAGAUUUUCUUUGCCUAGCGCCCAUUUUUUAUUCAAUGUUAAAAAAUUCCAGCACUUGGAUGUUGAUUAAGAUUAUCAAAAUAUUUAACCGGCUGAUGCCGCUCGAACCACGGCUCGCUAAAAAGUUAAUAUCGCCGCUGACAGAAAUUAUAAGCACUACGCCUUCAUUGGCUUUGCUCUACGAGACGAUUUCAGCAGCGCUGCACGCGUUAAGCCGACGUGAAAAUCUUAUGCAAUUGUGUGCCUCAAAGCUUUCCUCCUUUUUUGAGAGAGAUGAUCACAAUUUACGUUAUUUGGGGCUUCACGCAUUAAAAAAAGUUAUGAAAAUCAAUUUGGAAUUAGCGAUUCCACAAAUGGAUCUGAUCCUGCAAUGCCUGGAAUCCUCCGAUGAAGUUAUUCUAUUUCAAAGUGUAGAUUUACUGCUUGGCUUGCUUUCAAAAGAGAAUUUUAAAAAGAUUAUAGAUCGUCUCUGUGCUACCGUGCAGACGUCAGACAGCACGGAUUUCCGGGACGAAGUCGCCAGCAGAAUUAUAUCCACGUGCCAAAGGCAUCACUGCAGUCACAUGGUCGACUUUUCGUGGUACUUUGACACCUUGCUUCUAUUGGUUGAGCGCUGCGGACCGGAACAAGGGGAGCGAAUUAUAGAAGAGUUGAGACACGUGGUUGUUCGUGUUCCAGAUGUCCGUCCUCACGCUGUCCGGCGGAUGGAGCACUUUUUGAUGAGCUUUCCGGCAGAAGAAAGUAUUUUCGUGCUAUUUUCAUUGGCUGUUUGGAUUUGCUCUGCCUAUCCCCAACUUGUAGAAAAUCCAGUUGAACUUUUUGAACAUUUUAUGUCCUCCGAAUCUUCUAUUGUAGAUCUUCCUUCACGUGUUCAAGCAGUGUAUUUACAAAAUACGUUAAAGUUUUUUGUUUCACUCCGGCCGUCACAGAGCAAAAGUUACACGCUCUCCCAUCGUUAUCUCCAGCAUAUGCAAUUCUUUAUGGACAGCUUCGCUCCUGAAGUUCGAGAAAGGUCAAACAACAUUUACCAGCUUAUGCUGCUGUUUUUGAGCAAAGAGGAUAAAGAAAAUUUUAUAGCAAGCCUGCUUCACGUGUUUGAAGAAACCCCCAAGUGGAACUCAGAGGGCCAAAAGCCUCUACAGCCCCCGCAACCUCGUGGCCUCAGCGCUUCCCCUCCUGCGGAGCUUGUUUCCUCGAGCGACGAGCAAUGCAUCGGCUCUUUACUCUCUGAUCAACAGGAGACUUUUGAAAAUGAGAAGGCUGCUGACGCCUUUGAUAAGGAGAAAAUAUGCGCGCAGGAAAGAAGGCACAAUGCAAAUUUUUAUCUCCCGUGCUCGCCAGAAAGCACGAGCGCUGCCUCGCUGGAAAAGUUAACUCUAGAGGAUCUUAAAAUCCCCGCAACCUGCGCGGCUCGGAAAACUGAUAAAAACAAGAAAAGUAAAGAGGCCUUCAAAAAAGGAUAACAUGUGCUGAUGACCCACAAAUUAGCUUCAUUGGUUCAAUUUAGUAGUUCGUUAUACGAAGUUUUAUA